UUUGCCAUGGCCAGACUGAUCCAAGUGUUCAGGAGGAAAGCGGUGAGCGUCACAGACACUCGUGUCCGCACCAUGAACGAGGUUCUCACCUGCAUCAAACUCAUCAAGAUGUACGCCUGGGAAACCUCCUUCCAGAAGAAAAUCACCGACAUCAGGAAGAAGGAGAAGCAGCUGCUGGAGAUGGCUGGCUACACCCAGAGUAUCAACUCCUCCAUCACAACCAUCAUCCCCACCCUGGCAACCAUCCUCACCUUCGUGGUCCACACCCUGCUGGGCCUGCCCCUCGGCACCUCGGAAGCUUUUACCAUAAUCGCCAUCUUUAACUCCAUGCGGUUCUCCCUGGGUUUGUUGCCGUUCUCUGUCAAAGCCAUAGCUGAGGGACAAGUGUCGCUAGCCCGGCUAAAGAAACUGCUUAUGACCCAGAACCCAGACUCGUACCUGGUCCAGAGACACGGGUCCUCCUCGGCCCUGGUCAUGGAGAAGGCCACAUUCACCUGGGCCGGGCCUGAAGGACAGACAACCGCUACGGCACCAGGCACCACAGCCUCUCUGAAGGGAGGGAAGGUGGAACCACAGGGCCAGAACGGGACUCACACACCGGGCAAGACCCAGGCCAAGCCCACCCUGAGAAACAUCUCCUUUAACCUGCCUAAGGGAAACCUGCUUGGUAUCUGUGGCAACGUGGGAAGCGGGAAAACAUCGCUGAUAUCGAGCAUCUUAGAACAGAUGCACCUGCAGCAUGGUUCCGUCACAGCAGACGGAGCGUUUGCCUACGUUUCCCAGCAGGCCUGGAUCUUCCACGGUACGGUCCGAGACAAUAUCUUGAUGGGGGAACCCUUCAACCAGGCCAGGUAUGACAAAGCCAUCAGUGCCUGUAGCCUGAUACCAGAUCUGGCUAUUCUUCCCUACGGCGACCAAACUGAGAUAGGUGAGCGAGGCCUGAACCUGUCUGGUGGUCAGAAGCAGAGGAUCAGUCUGGCCAGAGCGGUCUACUCCAACCAAGACAUCUUCCUGCUGGACGACCCUCUGUCUGCGGUGGACGCCCACGUGGGGAAACACAUCUUUGAGGAGUGCAUCAAGAAGACCCUGAAGGGGAAGAGUAUUAUCCUGGUGACCCAUCAACUGCAGUAUCUGGAGUUCUGUGAUGAGAUACUGGUGUUGGAGAGUGGACAGAUAAAGGAGUCCGGGACACACAAAGCUCUGAUGAAAGCUGAAGGCCGGUACGCACAGAUGAUCAACAACUUCCAGACGGAGCAUUCCCAGGAACGAACUGAGGAGGAGCCGACACAACCAGACCCCGUGGACAGGAAGGAGAAUAACCCGGUUGAUCACAAGGGAAAAGGACAAGAAAACCCAGCUUUUGACAUGUCUGAUGAGAAACCAGACGAGUCGGGAGGAAGUCAAUCGGUGUCACAUGACGUCAACGUGUCCAAGGACCAGCUGGUGACUCAGGAGGGUUCUCAGGAGGGUUCUGUUACCUGGAGGACCUACCACCAGUACUGUAAAGCUGCAGGAGGGUACAUACUACUGUCUCUCAUCAUCAUCAUCUUCAUCUGCUUGGUGGGGUCCACUGCCUUCAGCAACUGGUGGCUCAGCUACUGGCUGGAGCAGGGAUCAGGGGAACGAACUGAGGAGGAGCCGACACAACCAGACCCUGUGGACAGGAAGGAGAAGAACCCGGUUGAUCACAAGGGAAAAGGACUAGAAAACCCAGCUUUUGACAUGUCUGAUGAGAAACCAGACGAGUCGGGAGGAAGUCAAUCCGUGUCACAUGACGUCAACGUGUCCAAGGACCAGCUGGUGACUCAGGAGGGUUCUCAGGAGGGUUCUGUUACCUGGAGGACCUACCACCAGUACUGUAAAGCUGCAGGAGGGUACAUACUGCUGUCUCUCAUCAUCAUCAUCUUCAUCUGCUUGGUGGGGUCCACUGCCUUCAGCAACUGGUGGCUCAGCUACUGGCUGGAGCAAGGAUCAGGGACAGCGAACGUGUCGAAUUCCACCGCAGGAAACAUCUCCCUGAACCCUGACCUGAGCUUCUACCAGAUGGUUUACGGCCUGGUGGUGGUGGCCAUGCUGGUCUUCAGCUUCCUCAAGGGCUACUCUUUCACCAAAGUUACGCUGCACGCGUCCUCCAAGCUACACGACACCAUGUUCAGAAACAUCCUGAACAGCCCCAUGAGUUUCUUUGACACCACCCCAACGGGACGUAUGGUGAACCGUUUCUCCAAGGACCAGGAUGAGGUGGAUACCAUGCUGCCCUUCAACAUGGAGAACUUUCUGCAGUUCUGCCUGAUGGUCACCUACACCAUUGUCACCAUCUCGGCCGUGUUCCCUCCGUUACUCAUCGCCAUCACGCUGCUGGGAGCCAUCUUAACACUCAUACUCUAUAUAUUCCAGAGGAGCAUCAGAGAGAUGAAGAGGAUGGAGAACGUGAGUCGUUCCCCCUGGAUCUCCCUGACUACCUCCACCAUCCAGGGCCUCACCACCAUCCACGCCUACAACAAGAGAGAGCAGUACAUCCAGGAGUAAGACCCUA